AUGCCUAUCUGCCGUGCGGGCACGCUUUCUGUAAAGAAUGCGUGGUCAUACGGCUGGGCGACCACCCUACUUGUCCGCACUGCAGGGAGCGAGUUUGAGGAUCUUGAUGACCAAGACAUGCCCGAGGUCAUCGAGGCAGAAUUUGAGGAUCCGGCUGACCAAGAAAUGGCCGAGGUCGUCGACCUGGUCGGCGACAGUGAGUAG